AUGGGUAACGGAUCUGGUCAGCGGCCACUCUCCGAAGUGAGCCCCAUGGCCCGGAGGCGCAAUUCGCCUAGCUGGAACCAAGUCACGAAGAUGCCGCAUGGCGAAUCGCCUGCAUACGAUGUCUCGUCUCUGAAUAACAAUAACUCCCCACGCCUCUUUUGGAAAGGUCGCGACUCCCCGUCGCCGUUCCCCAAGGGAGCCGAGAAUAAAGCACCUUAUGAUCCAGAGGGGUGUUAUUUCCCCACGAAGCGCCCGUCACUCGAGAAUUUGAAACGCGUGUCGAAGGUCAAGAAUCACAGCAUGUUCCUCGAAGGUGGUCAAGAGUAUGACCCGGCGUCAGUAGUUUUCCCUCACAGACCUUUGGCCUCAGAGAGGUCUCCACAACGGGACAGCCAAAUGAAUGUUGCGAAGUCGCAAUUCGACGAAGAUACCACUCAGAUUUCUCGCCCGUCAUCCCCGAGCAAAGACCAAGCAUCGCCAAGCAAGUCCUCGCUAUCUAAGGGUAGCCGGUACGGCAAGGGAUUUGACCCUCAGAAUGAUAUUUGGUCCGAGUAUGGCAGUGCUGGGCAUCGACAUGCAAAGAGUGUCACAUUUGACCACGCUCCUCCUCAAGUCAAUGAAUAUGAAAUGACAACACCGGAUCUUUCUUCAGUCGCAUCUGAGUCACGAGAGAACAGCUACGAGUCCGAGGAAGAGGGGGAUCUUAGUUUUGAGGCCGAGUCAUCCAUUGAGCGUGAUGAUAGCUUUGACGCCUCGCUGGAAGAUAUCGAGAAGACCCCUGUUGUGUUGCCCGAAGACUGGCGCUUUAUGAGCCCAAGCACAAACAGUGACGGCGAUCCCUUCGUCGAAGACGUUGAAGAAGACAGCACCGAGGACCGACCUAUCUCACGUGAAGGAGGGUCUUCUCAGCACACACGCGUCGAAUCGCUGGACUCAAAUGGCGAGCGACGUCCCCUCCCGCCUUUGCCAUCGGUCAACCGCACGUCUGGUGCGCGUCCAUCCUCGGCUGGUAAGCUCGCUGCUGCCUUUGAGCUCGGUAGCGCGGGCCAGCAGGAGAGACUCCGUCUCAUGAUGCUCCAGGAAAGAGAUGAUGAUUAUGAGAAAUAUGAUGACCACGCCAACAAUAUCGAGGAACCCUUGGAGCUUCCUAGAGCAGAUGAAAGCCUUACAUCAAGAGACGAUACCCACAAAGAUGAUGAGGCCAAGGAGAACUUCUUUUCUCCGCCUCGCAUUUCUCGCGACUCAAUCUUGCGAGGUAUUCGCAAGGGUGACAGCUACGAGGAUGACAGCUUCGAUGACUCUUCUCAAAUUGCUUCCAGCCCCAACCGUUACGACCAUUAUGACCCUGAUGUUCCCAUUCCAUCCAUGGAAACCGAUGAGGAUGACAGCUCCAGUGUAAUCAUUAAACAGGAAGAGAACGAUGAAGACCUGUACUCUAUCACGGAUUAUUAUCAGAACAGGUCAGACAACAGCCUGUCGUCCCGUGACCAACGGGCCAAAUAUGACGAGGACAGCAAUUACUCGCUACGCUCUGCUGCCGAAGCCGCCGAGCGCAAACACGCUGGAUAUGACAGUCACAAAGAGGGGUCAGGAGAGACUACCCCUAGUGCUGAAACCCAGGACGACGCCCAAAAGCCUGCACCGCUAAACGAAGAUUCUCAGGCAUGCAAAGAGCCGAAUGCCUCUCAAGACCAGUCGUUCGAUAUGGCGUCUAUCCGUCAGUCCCUCGCACGGCCUCUCACCCCUGAGAUGCCGCAAGACCAAGCUUCCGAACCCUCCACUCCAGACUCUGUCAUUCGCCAUCCCAUUGAGGAUGACCAUGAUGAAGACGACAAUAAAGAAGAAGAGGGAGAAGUAGAGGAGGAAGAGGAGCCGGAGCUAGAGCAUGAUGAGAGCUCAUCCGACGAGUCUGUUCCUGAGCCCGUCGCAACCAUUCGAGCCCCUGGUGCUGGUCUCAAGACACGACCCUCACUGACCCCUGCGGAUAUGCAGUCCAUGGCCGCUACCCGCCGUCAGAUCAGUGGCCAACACGCUCCUCCUGUCCCUCCAUUGACCAAGCAGAUCUCCAAUGACUCGAACUCUUCGGACCGUGAACACAAGCAGACUGACUCGCCACCGAAGUUGGGCCUGCCCACGGAUCUUGCCCAGCGACAAAGCAGUUGUUUGAAACUCGACAUUCCCUUCAGCAUUCAGGAAGAAAGCCUCGGCUUUGGACUCGACAAGGAGUUUGAUCGUGUCAUUGAAUCCCAAAAGGUUGCGUUUCAUCUUGCCCUUUCCCAAAGCCCCGGUUCUGUACCGCCGUCCCAGGCAAUAGCAUCCAACGAUCCCGCAACCCCAGGAAAUAGUGCACAUCCCGCUGACUCCCCUACCCCCAAACAGAGAGGAUAUCUCAUGAGGCAGAACACCAAAGUGAUCAUUGCCAGCAGCCGUAACGAAGAAGAGGAGGCUCUGCCUUCUCCCGAACGCGCUGCCCAGGACCCGCGCGGUACACGUUCUGCUGGCUCUUCUCCACGCAAGCCUAGCCAACAGACUUGGACCACUGUCCCCUGGAACGGCUCACCGCGACGCCCAAGUAUUAAGCCUGGCAACGGUGUUCCGAAGAAAAAGCCUGUCCCUGGUGCGGGUGGAGUCCCACCUCUCCCUGGACAGCCCAGCAAUGUCCAGGAAGCCCCCUCGACUAUUGAAGAGAAUGAGCCCGCUAUCUCCGAAUCCUUCGAAGAUGGAGAAGAGCGAGGGCGUUUGUUUGUGAAGGUUGUAGGCCUUAAGUAUUGCGACCUUCCUCUCCCACGCGGUGAACGGUCGUACUUUGCACUGACUUUGGAUAACGGACUGCACUGUGUUACCACCUCCUGGUUGGAGAUGGGCAAGUCUGCUCCCAUUGGACAGGAGUUUGAGCUCAUUGUCCAGAAUGACCUUGAAUUCCAGUUGACCUUGCAGAUGAAGAUUGACGAGAGCAAGUUCCAAACCCAAGAGCCCGCAGCAUCACCAUCACGCCAAAAGGCCUCGGCCCUCAGCCGUGUGUUUGCGUCCCCACGCCGCCGCAAGGAACUUGACAUUAAGCAGCAAAUGCAGUCGCAGCAACAGAAGACCAAGGACGUUAAUGCUCCUGUAUAUGAACGGCUUCGGAAUUUGGUUGCGCGUGACGGUAGCUUUGGCCGCGCAUAUGUAGCCUUGAGCGACCACGAGGAGCAGGCCUUUGGCCGUCCCCACGUUGUUGAUGUUGCUUGCUUCAACGAAUGGGCAGUCGAGGAACAAAUGAGCAGCAUCAAGAGCAAGAAGAGUGCGACUAGCAUCAAUACACAGCGUCGACCACCGUACAAGAUUGGAAAAUUGGAAGUGCAGCUGCUCUUCGUGCCUAAGCCCAAGGGUAGCAAGGAUGAAGACAUGCCGAAGAGCAUGAAUGCCUGCAUUCGCGAAAUGCGUGACGCCGAAAGUGUUGCAUCUCGAUCCUGGGAAGGGUUCCUUUCCCAACAGGGUGGAGACUGUCCAUACUGGCGCCGUCGCUUCUUCAAGCUCCAGGGAUCCAAGUUAACGGCCUUCCACGAAACAACGCGCCAACCUCGCGCUACAAUCAACCUAGCCAAGGCCUCUAAGCUUAUUGACGACAGAUCCUCUCUACUUCAGAAGGAGACCAGCACAAAGGGCGGUUCCCGCCGCAAAUCUGCAUUUGCCGAGGAAGAAGAUGGCUACAUGUUUGUUGAGGAGGGAUUCCGCAUCCGCUUUGGUAAUGGUGAAGUGAUUGACUUCUAUGCGGAUAGCCCCGCAGAUAAGGAAGGCUGGCUUCGAGUCAUGUCUGAAGCCGUUGGGAAGGGCGCUAGCUCCGGCAAUGGUGCACUCAAGCCCUGGGCUGAUCUUGUACUCAAGCGCGAGCGUAGCAUGAGAACCAGCAAUGAGACUGCUCCUCGUCGUCCGACCAGUGGGAUUCCCACACCUGCCCAACCCCAAUCUCCUGUCCGGAGCCGAAACAGUGCCAUGAUGGGACCUCCAUCUUCUGCAGGAUCUGGGGCGCCGGCGCCUCAAUCCCCGCGUCCUCGACACAAGCACACCCACUCUCAACCCGAGAUCGGUAGUAUCGAAGCGCGUCGACAAAAAACUCGCUCUCUCAUGUUCUAA